UUAGUGCUCUGCUCUCUCUCUAUAUAAAGCCCCCUUCUCGCUUGUCUCUUUCCUUCUCCCAUCCCUAGUUUUGCGCGACGGCUCGUCAUUUCUCCAUCGCCUCUGCUCUCUUCCGUGAUUCUGCUUGCACCUCAAAUGUCUUUUGACAUCAGAAAGGAUUACCCUUGGUUUCUUUGGUGUAACUUUUGGUUCAUAUGCCGUAGUCGGUUGUGGUGUUCUCCUCGUAUAUUGUUUCGGCACUGGACUUGAUAGGCAUAAAAGUUUUGUCUCGGCACUGGACUUGGUAGAUAUUCAAAGGGUUUGUGGAUUUUUGGGUUAUAAUUUUCCAGUUUCGAGUUUAAAGAGGUUGCUAUUGCAAUAAAUUUGAGGAUAAUUCUGAUAAGUGCAGAUAUAAUUUUUCUUGCUUUUGGACUAAGACCAAAUUUGGAUCUCAUUUUAGUAUUAUAGAAAGGAAAGUUCUUCCAUUAUGAUGGCCAAGACCUUGCUCCCACCGGGCUUCCGCUUUCAUCCAACUGAUGUUGAACUUGUUUGCUACUACUUGAAGAGAAAGGUAACAGGAAAGUCUUUUCGGCUUGAGGCUAUUUCUGAAAUCGAGCUGUACAAAUUUGCUCCUUGGGAACUUCCAGACAAAUCUUGUUUGCGAAGCAAAGAUCUAGAGUGGUAUUUCUUUUGCCCUCGAGAUAGAAAAUAUCCCAAUGGGUCUAGGACAAAUCGUGCCACUGAAAUUGGUUACUGGAAGACCACUGGAAAGGAUAGAGCUAUUAUCCAUAACUCUCAUACUGUGGGAAUGAAAAAGACUCUGAUCUUCCAUGUAGGCAAGGCACCACGAGGCGAUAGGACUGAUUGGGUGAUGUACGAGUACAGGCUAGAGGACAAGGAAUUGGUAGUUGCUGGAUACUCACAAGGCAUGUAUGUCCUCUGCAAGAUCUUCCAAAAAAGUGGUCCAGGUCCUAAAAUUGGUGAACAGUAUGGUGCCCCAUUCAAUGAAGAGGAUUGGGAAGAUGACGCAAUUGUUGAGAAUGCCUUUUUGUAUCCUGCACCUACUCCCAAACCAUUGGAUGAUCAGCCUGUCUUGUUGGAGCCUAUUUGCCAACAAUCUGUAGCUUCUGGUGUUUGCGAGGUGUCUUCUACUCCUGAUCUUCCAGAUGCUAAUGGAAUGCUAUUAGAGCAGCUCGCAGAGUUUCUCAAUGACUCUCCGCUCCAUUCAGAAAAUGCCCAUGACAAGAUAUCUAGUUCAGCUGUUCUGGAUAAACAUAUCAAUGAAGUCUCUGGUGUAGAAACAGGAAUAUAUGAUGAACUGGAGGACCUGUCUGCUGAGGCAGUAAUAAAUGACAAUUUCAAUUUCUCUGGCACCACGAACAGGGAAUACGAGUUGCAGCCUAUGCUAUCAGAACUCGGCAGUGAACAAUAUGUGGAGCUGGAUGAUUUUUGCUUUCUCCAGGAAAGUGAUCCCUCUGACUUUGUUAUGCUGGAUGAUCUGUUUGAGCAGUAUCCACUGGUCGAAAAUCCAGGUUCCCUGAAUUUGAAUAACAUGCAUGAUGAUACCUUUUCCAUUGGUAGUGUCACUACUGCUGUCAUGAAUGAUCCUCUUUCAGUGGGAACUGAUAUGGUUGGCGAUGAAUCGACACUGUUUUUAGAGUUGGAAGAUCUGAGAUCUCUGCCGUCCUGUUUGUGAAGCGGAAGAUGAUGAAACUAUUUAUCUCUUGCAAGAAUCACUUGGAGCUAGUCAAAUGAAUCAUCAAGUCCAGUACCAUAAUAAUUUUUGUAGCUGAUUAUGCUUAUCUCAGAUGAGAAAACAAAUCAAGAAAGUAAAUAGGAGUUCAAAGAAUGCAGUUGAGAUUAUAACAAAGGGCGAUUUCAGCUUGUGCCCUCAUCAGUAGAAAAGCAAUGUGUGGUUCUCUUUGCAUCCUCUGCAGGCUCUGCGACCCAUCUCAGGUGGCUGAUCGCUUGAUUGAUUCAAAUAUCUCCAUGAAGGGUACAUUUUUCUUACCUCGUUUUGCCACACAUGGAUUCCUAAAAAAUUGACAAUCUCUUAUUUGUCUCAUGUCCUAUUAAGUCUAGAGUCAGCUUGAUUAUCUGUUGUUACAUCUAGGAGUUGCUGGUAAUGGGGACUUGAAACCUUCUCUAUCAGCAACUGUACUAUGUUUGCUGUUAAUAAUUAUGAGUGAUCGGUGUUUUGUAAACCUAUGGAGUGGAUCUUUAUGUGCAGUUCCAACAAUUUUUAGGUCUCUUGAUGCCUCUCGUUGUCGUGAAAGUCAGCUUCAUGGAUGGAUGAAGAUGCAAUGGACAAACAGUUGUGGUUUUCGACAUGGUUUCCUAAUCAUCAUUAUAUAUUUCAGGUUAUUAUACUAUUGAAAAGAAGGAAAUUACAAUUGAUGUACAUUUGUUGAUCGAAAGUUUCCGCUAAUCAUUAUUGUCUAAGUUUAUUACUGCUAUUAGGAGCAAGGAAGACCUAAUCCACGACUUUGCUGAUCAAGAAUUUCCGCUAUGCUUACUCUUCAUAGCCGACUGUUGGACCGUGAGUGAAGGGCGUAUCCAAUUCGUAGCGAGGAAAGCGGCUUGGAGGUUAAGAACAAGAGUGAGGGCUGGGAUUUCUCUUUUUAUACUACUGCCAAUGAGUUUAUCAUUCUGUAGUGCUUUUGCUUUCUUCUCAACAGAUAAAGUCCCAUCCAUCUUGACAAAGUUAGAUGAUAGGUGGUCUGAUUUGAUAUCGUCUGCCCCCUCCUUUCCAUCCAA